GCCCAUAAACAACUCAUCUUAAAAUGGAUCCUCCUAGCUAUGCUGAGGGAAGGUACAAGGAUGGGUUGGAGUGUGCCCGUAGAGCCACACUCUACGACCAGCAGAAAGACUACAGGCCAGCCCUCACCUUUUACUGUGAAGCAGCUGAAGCUUUGAACCAAUCCUGCGACCUUGAGCCAAGUUAUACUCAUGUACUGCCGAGGGUACAGGAAUACAUGAGGAGAGCUCACCAGAUUAGAGAAUACCUAGAAACUAAAGGAGACACUGAACGCUCUUUGAAGAGAUCAUCAAGCAAAGAGAGUGGUGCAAUGAGACAGCUGGAGUAUCUCAUUGAAGUGGCUCUUGGUCUGGACGAGGAGAAGAGAUACAAUGAAGCUGAGAAGACGUACACCAGUUCAGUACAAAUGGCAAUACAACUGCAAGAGCUACUCUUGAGUGAUUCUGAGAAAAGAAAAGUAACUAAACUAACCCAACAAGCAGUGGAGAGAUUGGAAGAGAUUCAGAAACUAAAGGUAGCCACUGGGUCCGGUAAAGGAUCAAAAUUGAGUGACAUACCGGACCCCCCUAAAGGUUCCCCUCUAUCAUCAGACGAAGAGGAGGAGGAAGAGGAUAAACGACCGGCUAAACCAGUCAAACAGCAUCAAUCUACUCUUCCUAAAAUGCCAUUGGUCAGUUUCUUGGACGCUGAUAAAGUUCACAAGUUUGAUGCUUAUAGUUCACCAUCUUCAUCUCUCUCAUCAACUGGAGGGGGCGGGGCCAAGCCAGGAGGAGCUAGUGGACAAUCACCUCCAGGAAGAAAUAAAGACAGACUGUCAGAAAAAGAAAUGAAAAUAUUAAAGAUUAAUUCUAAAAUAAAUGGAGUUGUUUAUCUACCUUGGAAUGAUUCUGAUUUGUCAGAGUUGAGAACAGUGUCAGCUCUACCAAUGGAUUACGUUGAUCCUGAUGGACUCCCUAAACUAGCAGAGAAACAAAAAGCAAGACUAGCAGGAUGGCAACGCCCAGGAGAGAUCUGUGAUAACCCAAAAAUGUGUCACUUAAUAUCUAGUCUAUCAAUAAAACAAACAAUGAUUGGUGAUUGUUCAUUUGUUGCUUCACUUGGUGUGUGUGCGGACUAUGAGAGAAGAUUUAAAAGAAAAUUAAUUACGAGUUGUAUUUUCCCUCAGAAUCGUCACAAGGAGCCAAUAAUAAACCCAAACGGAAAGUAUCUCAUUAAACUAUUCUUGAACGGUUGCCGGAGAAAGGUGGUGAUUGACGACCUCCUCCCUGUGGAUGGAUACUCUAAUAUCCUUGGAUCUUACUCUAACAGUCGGGACGAGUUCUGGGUCAGUUUAUUAGAGAAAGCAUACAUGAAGGUUAUGGGUGGGUACGACUUUCCAGGAUCAAGCUCAAAUAAUGAUUUACAUGCUUUAACUGGUUGGAUUCCGGAAAGAAUUGACAUCAAAGAAUCAAAUAAAGACAAAACCUUUAAAAUGCUUGAAGCUAAACUGAAAGCAGGUAGUGCCCUUGUUACCAUGGGAACGGGUCCCUUGACUAAGGAAGAGUCUGAGCGAACUGGCCUAGUCCCAACUCAUGCUUAUGCUGUACUGAGAGUUACUGAAACCUGCGGAGUGAGACUCCUACAACUGAAGAACCCAUGGAGCGAGAAGAGAUGGAAAGGCAGUUUCUCUGAAAGAGAUGCAACUAACUGGACUCCGGAGCUUAAGAGAGCUCUCAAUUAUGACCAAUCACUUGCACUUCAGGUUGAUAACGGUGUGUUCUGGAUAGACUGGACGGCAGUCUGUCGGUUUUAUGAUACCUUGUACAUGAACUGGGACCCAGAAAUGUUCCACCAUAAGUACACGAUACACGACUGUUGGGCCCCAGGUGAAGUGGAGAAGGAUCUGUAUAAUAUAAGUAAUAACCCUCAAUAUUCACUGACUGUUAAUGCACCAGAGAAUGGAGGGACAACCUGGAUACUGCUGUCCAGACACAUCACAACCAAAAGUGACUUUGCCAAAAAUGAAAAGUUCAUUACACUUCAUGUUGUGUCUUCUAAUGGACAUCGCCAAUACCUCCCACCUGAUAAAUACGUUCACAUGGGGGUUAAAAUUAACACCCCACAUUAUCUUGUUAAAUUGAACGGACUGUCCCAAGGAUCCCAUAGCUACACAGUGAUAGUCUCACAGCUUGAGAGCCUCAGUCAGAUAUACUACACUAUAAAGGUAUAUUCAACUUGUAAGUUUGUGUUCCGUCAAGUACCAGCUGUGUACAAUCAAUCCAAAGAACUGAGGGGUCAGUGGAAGGUCAAUAAUCCCAGACCCAGUUUCAAACUAACAAUAAUAUCAAAUACUGCUGCUGCAAUGGUACAGAUCAAGGGACCAAGAAAAUAUGGUGUUUGGAUCGGUGUCCAUUCUACUACUCAAUCCUAUCACAAAGAUACAGGAGUAGCUAGGCGUGGCUUUAAUGUGCUUCAAUUGGGUACUGUGCUAGCUGGAGACUACAUUGUUACCGUGGCAACUUAUCCAGAGGGGCAAGAGGGUCCAUUUUUUAUUAAAGUUUGUACUGAUGGAGCAUUCAACCUUGAGCCCAAUGACUAACAGCAACCAUCAUAUUAUUAUAAUUAUUAUUAUAUAUACAUGCAUCUAUUAACAGCUGUUUAUUUUGCUGCAAUCAUUGUCUUUCUCUUCAGAAUAUUUUUAUCCAUUUAUAAGAAACACUAACAGCACUUGAUUCA